UAGGUACCUAUAAUGUAUGCCUAUACUGUGCUAAACCAUUUUUAAAUCUCAGAAUAAUAAUGAAAUGAUAUAGGUAACUCGCGCUACGAUCGUAUGUGCUGAAUGUAUAUGAAACAAUAAUGACAGCACUGAGACUGACAGUGACAGAUGACAGGCAACGCCAACGCUAGAGAUGACGUGAAAGGGAGGACGUGUUUAUUUUCGAUUUGAUUUUGAUUUGCUCUACCUAAAUUCUUUUCUUUGAUUGAGCCGGCCGAUAUGAUUUGGUGAACUACACGCUGUCUGCUCAUAAAUUAGUCUUCUACUAGAUCUUAAACUCUAAUAUAAUUAAUAUAAAACCACUAAGUUAAAACUUUUAGAACUUACCGAACACAGUGUUGUGUAGCUUGAAAAUUAUUCGUAUCUUCUAAGUUAUUAUAAAAGCCAGCAUCAUGACAAAACCUAAGGGUGAAUUGAAGUUCCUAGUGUAUGCAGGAGCUAUAUUUUUCUGUUACUUCAUUUAUGGAAUGCUUCAGGAAAAAAUUACAAGAGGGAACUACGGCGAUAAUGAAAAGUUCACUUGUGCACUUUCUUUAGUGUUAGUUCAAAACGUGGCCAAUUAUGUAUUCGCACAAAUACUUAUGAUGUCUUGGAAACAUGAAGUUGAUACUACAAGGAAGAUGUAUUACUUUUCAUCUGCACUCACAUAUUUGCUGGGAAUGGUGAGCUCCAACAUGGCAUUGCAAUGGAUCAACUAUCCCACACAGGUGGUUGGCAAGGCAGCAAAACCCAUUCCAGUGAUGAUACUCGGUGUAAUUCUCGGCCGCAAGUCCUAUCCGCUACGCAAAUACUUCUUUGUCCUACUGAUUGUGACUGGUGUCAUAUUCUUCAUGUUUAAAGAUAGCAAGAAAGCUUCCGUUGAUAAUGUAGGAUUUGGAAUUGGAGAACUACUGUUGGUUUUGUCUUUGACUAUGGAUGGACUUACUGGAGCAGUUCAGGAAAGGAUCAAAAGUGAAUCAUCACCAACAGCUUAUUCCAUGAUGUUGAAUACAAACUGGUGGUCAAUGCUGAUUCUGUCAGCUGCGGUGUUGGUCAGCGGUGAGAUCUUCACCUUCAUCGGCUUCGUCACCAACUACCCUGAGGUCCUGAUACAUCUCGGUGGCCUGGCCAUCAUGGGUGCCCUAGGACAGCUCUUCAUAUUUUUCAUGGUGUCAGAGUUUGGUCCACUGCCGUGCUCUGUAGUGACGACUACUAGGAAGUUCUUCACAGUUCUGGCUUCAGUCAUCAUAUUCAGGAAUGUUCUGCUGGCUCGACAGUGGUUCGGCGCUGUACUUGUGUUCUCAGGUCUAUUCCUUGACAUUUUCUACAGUAAAGGCAAAAGUCCGAUAAAGAAGUAAAGUUACCGGAAGAUUAUUUUGGCGCCCAAGAGGUUAAUUUCUGCACAUAUUCCAUAUUUUUACUGAUAUAGGUAAUUUAUUUACAUAAGUAGAUGUAAGGGGAAUAAAUGAAUUAAAAUGUG